CACGGCGCCGCGCCCCGCCGGCGCCCCUAGCCUAGAGCCCGCCGUCUGCUCCCGGCUCCCCGGGACCGAGGUGGAGCCGCGGACGCCGGCCGGGUCCGGGCACAGCCGCCUCUUCCUGUGCGUGAGCGCUUGGGGUCGGCGUAGGGGUCAGCGAAGCCAGGCAGCGGAACAAUAACUUUCUCUUUAUGAAAUCUGAAAUGACAGAAAUACUGUGAAAGUCUCUGAUGAUGCGCAGCAGUUCAGCAUGAUGGUCUUGUAAGCAGACUUGGGGGCCAGAUCUAAACUUCAGUGGAGACCCUGGCUUGCCUCCUGGCUAGCUGCGUGACCUCAGAAUACAGAGUUUAAUGAAAAAUCCAUGCUUACGGGGUGAACAUGGCAGGCUUCCUAGAUAACUUCCGUUGGCCAGAAUGUGAAUGUAUUGACUGGAGUGAGAGAAGAAAUGCCGUGGCUUCUGUGGUGGCGGGUGUACUGUUUUUUACAGGUUGGUGGAUAAUGAUUGACGCUGCUGUGGUGUACCCGAAGCCAGAGCAGUUGAACCACGCCUUUCACACAUGUGGCGUGUUUUCUACAUUGGCUUUCUUCAUGAUAAAUGCUGUGUCCAAUGCUCAGGUGAGAGGUGACAGCUAUGAAAGCGGCUGUUUAGGAAGAACAGGUGCUCGUGUUUGGCUGUUCAUUGGUUUCAUGUUGAUGUUUGGGUCACUUAUUGCUUCCAUGUGGAUUCUUUUUGGUGCAUAUGUUACCCAAAAUACGGAUGUUUAUCCAGGACUAGCUGUGUUUUUUCAAAAUGCACUUAUAUUUUUUAGCACUCUGAUCUACAAAUUUGGAAGAACUGAAGAGCUGUGGACCUGAGAGCCCUUCUUAGAUCAGAUUUCCUUUGGUUCUGUUCUAUUUGUAGAUAAGUUUUUCUCUCUCAACAUAAUUUACACAUUGCCAAAUGGGAUAGACUGUAUAUUACAUAUUACAUGUUUUGUUUCUCUACACUUUUAUGCUCUGAAUUUUGAAAUAGUUUUAUGAAAUUUCUGUCUUUUUUUUAAAUCACUGAAUAGAUUGUUAAUAUGUACAUAAUAUAAAACUAUAUAGCUGGGAUGGUAUCAGUUUUUUUUUUUUAAUCCCUUAAGACUUAGACCUUGACCUAGUCACUGAGCCAGCAUUGUAUCGUCAUGUCAUCUUAGAGUUAACUGUUUUGUUUCAGUAUCUUGAAUUUCUGAAGACGUGCAGAAAAUACAGCUCCAUGUAUCUGAAAUAAGCACUGAACCGUUCAAAAGGGUAUUUCAGCAAGUUGUAAGUUAUUUUGGCUUAAAAAUGAGAUUUUUUUUUAAAGGAAAAAUGUUUGUUCUUCUGUAUUAAAGAAGUGGACUUUUAUAUGAAGAUUUUUUAAAUGCCUGAAGGACUAGUUUGAAAUCCUCUUUCAAAAAACAAUGCCUGUAACAUGACUUUAUCUGAGAAAGGAUAAUACAUGAUCAGACGAGCUCAGUGUCGUACGGCCGAUGGGAAAAGGCCGUAAGGGAGCCCAGCGACAUGCUUCUUGUAAAAACAGCUCCAAUGAUCUAAUGGGGUUCUCUCUUGGCAGGCUGUUAUUAUCCGACAUUACAUAAUUCAGCAUCAAGCGUGACCCAACUGCAGUUUAAAAGCAUGAACCAUAUCACAAAAACCGGAAUCAUUCGUCUCAAGAUAAAGCACUUCUUCCCAAAGAGAAUGAUUACGACCUAGUGAAAAAUUAGGCCUUUCCUCCACUUAGUUACCGACUGCAAGGGUCUCUUUGCGCUAGCUCUCAACUCUUCCUGCAAAAUGUAUCUUUAACCUCAAAGUCCACGUUCCAGUCGAAGCCUCCUUUUGCAGAGUUUGAAACGCUGCUUUUGCACCGCGGGUAUUCCUCUGAGGGAUGUCAAAGGGAUAGCUGGGUCUUAAUUGCUUUUUUGCUUUUCUUUGUUAAUACAGGCUUUGUGUGGCACUUUUCUUCCUCCAGAGGGAUUUUAUAGCACCUUUUGUUGUAAGACAGAAUAAUAGUAACGGUAUUAAUAUCAGCUCCUAACGUAAGCCUUAUUUUGUUUAACCUCCCUCCUCUCUGAGAGGGCUGGCCUGUGCACAGAGUAUGAAGCGGUUGUGGAAUGCUGUGCCUUUGUCUAGAUACCUUCUUGUUUAGUUAUUUCCUCCCGUGUUGCUGUCUUUUCCUCCAAAUGCCAGUAAACUUUGUCUUGCUUCCGACAAAUUGUAAGACUAUUUGUUUCCACCCUCUUGUAACUUGUAGCAAUAAAUACUACUUCUCACCC